GCGAGUCCCGACUCUUCCCUCCAGCUCUGCCCCAUCUCCUCUGCCCCAGCCUAAGUCUCUCCCUCCUGCGACCUGGGAGAAUCGGAGUGGGCUUCCAGAGUAGCGGCAUCUUGCAGAUGCUAGCCCGUGCCCGGCUCCCGGGCUUCCAGAGCGCGAAGGGAAGGGUAGGCAGAGAGGGCGCUGGGCGAGCGUGACCUGGCGCUGGGCCCUGGCUGCGCACCAGCCGCCUGCGCCAGUCUCUGGGGGCUUCACCCAGGAUCCCCGACAGCGGGGAGGGGAAGCCCCGAGCCUCCUGUUUCCUGCCUAGGCAGGCAAGGCGGGGACACACGGAGCAAAGACACCAGGCAACCUGAACCUCCAGGUGCGUCCCGCGACCCUGCAAGGAGCUACUGGGACCCUCCGGUGGACAUGGGUGGGGCCCUGGGGCCGGCCCUGUUGCUCACCUCGCUCUUCGGUGCCUGGGCGGGGCCGGGGCCGGGGCAGGGCGAGCAGGGCAUGACGGUGGCCGUGGUGUUUGGCAGCUCAGGGCCGCCCCAGGCCCAGGUCCGUGCCCGCCUCACCCCCCAGAGCUUCCUGGACCUGCCCCUGGAGAUCCAGCCGCUCACAGUGGGGGUCAACAACACCAACCCCAGCAGCCUCCUCACCCAGAUCUGCGGCCUCCUGGGUGCUGCCCGCGUCCACGGCAUUGUCUUUGAGGACAACGUGGGCACCGAGGCGGUGGCCCAGAUCCUUGACUUCAUCUCCUCCCAGACCCAUGUGCCCAUCCUCAGCAUCAGCGGAGGCUCCGCUGUGGUCCUCUCCCCCAAGGAGCCGGGCUCCGCCUUCCUGCAGCUGGGCGUGUCCCUGGAGCAGCAGCUGCAGGUGCUGUUCAAGGUGCUGGAAGAGUACGACUGGAGCGCCUUCGCGGUCAUCACCAGCCUGCACCCGGGCCACGCGCUCUUCCUGGAGGGCGUGCGCGCUGUCGCCGACGCCAGCCACCUGAGCUGGCGGUUGCUGGACGUGGUCACGCUAGAGCUGGGCCCGGGAGGGCCGCGCGCGCGCACCCAGCGCCUGCUGCGCCAGCUCGACGCGCCCGUGUUCGUGGCCUACUGCUCGAGCGAAGAGGCCGAGGUGCUCUUCGCCGAGGCGGCGCAGGCCGGCCUGGUGGGGCCCGGCCACGUGUGGCUGGUGCCCAACCUGGCGCUGGGCAGCACCGAUGCGCCCCCUGCCACCUUUCCCGUGGGCCUCAUCAGUGUCGUCACCGAGAGCUGGCGCCUCAGCCUGCGCCAGAAGGUCCGCGACGGCGUGGCCAUUCUGGCCCUGGGCGCCCACGGCUACCGGCGCCAGCACGGAACCCUGCCAGCCCCGGCCGGGGACUGCCGCGCUCACCCUGGGCCCGUCAGCCCUGCCCGGGAGGCCUUCUACAGGCACCUACUGAAUGUCACCUGGGAGGGCCGAGACUUCUCCUUCAGCCCUGGUGGGUACCUGGUCCAGCCCACCAUGGUGGUGAUCGCCCUCAACCGGCACCGCCUCUGGGAGAUGGUGGGGCGCUGGGAGCAUGGCGUCCUAUACAUGAAGUACCCCGUGUGGCCUCGCUACAGUGCCUCUCUGCAGCCCGUGGUGGACAGUCGGCACCUGACGGUGGCCACGCUGGAAGAGAGGCCCUUUGUCAUUGUGGAGAGCCCUGACCCUGGCACAGGAGGCUGCGUCCCUAACACCGUGCCCUGCCGCAGGCAGAGCAACCACACCUUCAGCAGCGGGGACGUGGCCCCCUACACCAAGCUCUGUUGUAAGGGAUUCUGCAUCGACAUCCUCAAGAAGCUGGCCAGGGUGGUCAAAUUCUCCUACGACCUGUACCUGGUGACCAACGGCAAGCAUGGCAAGCGGGUGCGCGGCGUAUGGAACGGCAUGAUUGGGGAGGUGUACUACAAGCGGGCAGACAUGGCCAUCGGCUCCCUCACCAUCAAUGAGGAGCGCUCCGAGAUCGUAGACUUCUCUGUGCCCUUCGUGGAGACGGGCAUCAGUGUGAUGGUGGCUCGCAGCAAUGGCACCGUCUCCCCCUCGGCCUUCCUGGAGCCAUACAGCCCUGCAGUAUGGGUGAUGAUGUUUGUCAUGUGCCUCACCGUGGUGGCCAUCACCGUCUUCAUGUUCGAGUACUUCAGCCCCGUCAGCUACAACCAGAACCUCACUAGAGGCAAGAAGUCCGGGGGCCCAUCUUUCACCAUCGGCAAGUCCGUGUGGCUGCUGUGGGCGCUGGUCUUCAACAACUCGGUGCCGAUCGAGAACCCGCGGGGCACCACCAGCAAGAUCAUGGUUCUGGUCUGGGCCUUCUUUGCUGUCAUCUUCCUCGCCAGCUACACGGCCAACCUGGCCGCCUUCAUGAUCCAGGAGCAAUACAUCGACACUGUGUCGGGCCUCAGUGACAAGAAGUUUCAGCGGCCUCAAGAUCAGUACCCACCUUUCCGCUUUGGCACGGUGCCCAACGGCAGCACAGAGCGGAACAUCCGCAGUAACUACCGUGACAUGCACACCCACAUGGUCAAGUUCAACCAGCGCUCGGUGGAGGAUGCGCUCACCAGCCUCAAGAUGGGGAAGCUGGAUGCCUUCAUCUAUGAUGCUGCUGUCCUCAACUACAUGGCAGGCAAGGACGAGGGCUGCAAGCUGGUCACCAUUGGGUCUGGCAAGGUCUUUGCCACCACUGGCUACGGCAUCGCCAUGCAGAAGGACUCCCACUGGAAGCGGGCCAUAGACCUGGCGCUCCUGCAGUUCCUGGGGGACGGAGAGACACAGAAACUGGAGACAGUGUGGCUCUCGGGGAUCUGCCAGAAUGAGAAGAACGAGGUGAUGAGCAGCAAGCUGGACAUCGACAACAUGGCAGGUGUCUUCUACAUGCUGCUGGUGGCCAUGGGGCUGGCCCUGCUGGUCUUCGCCUGGGAGCACCUGGUCUACUGGAAGCUGCGCCACUCGGUGCCCAACACAUCCCAGCUGGACUUCCUGCUGGCUUUCAGCAGGGUGGGUGCCCGUCCCUCCCCACACAAGCCAAAGCUUUAAGGGCACCUACCCAGAUAAGUACAGGCUGGCCAUGGCCCAUUCCCAGAGGUAAAACCAAGGUUCUGGCCGGGCUCGUGGCUCAUGCCUGUAAUCUCAACAGUUUGAGAGGCUUAGGCCAGUGGAUCCCUUGAGUCCAGAAGUUCGAGACCAGCCUGGGCAACAUGGCAAAACCCCAUCUCUACAGAAAAUAAAAGAAUGAGCUGGG